GCGAGAUCCGGGCCGCCGAGCGCUCGGGGCCUUUUCAAAUCGCGAUCCGUUACCGCUCCGCCGGCCCGCCGCCAUUGUAGCGCUCGGAGCCCUCAGCGCGGCCGAGGCGGAGCCCGCGGCGGGAUGGCCGAUGCCGACAAGCCCGAGGCGGCCACGGGCGACGACGGUCCGCAGCAGCAGCCGCCGCCGCCGCUGGCCGAGUCGCGCCGGGACCCGCACCCUGCCGAGCCCGAGAAGCCGCCGCGCAGCAGCGCCAACGGCGUUAAAAUGGAGAAUGAUGAAUCAGUGAAAGAAGAAAAAUCUGAUUUAAAAGAAAAGUCUACAGGAAAUAAGAAGGCCAAUCGAUUUCAUCCUUAUUCAAAAGAUAAGAAUUCGGGUACCGGAGAAAAGAAAGGUCCAAAUCGGAAUCGAGUGUUCAUUAGCAACAUCCCCUAUGACAUGAAAUGGCAGGCUAUUAAAGACUUGAUGAGAGAAAAAGUUGGUGAGGUUACAUACGUGGAGCUCUUUAAGGAUGCGGAAGGAAAAUCAAGGGGUUGUGGUGUGGUUGAAUUCAAAGAUGAAGAAUUUGUAAAGAAAGCACUAGAAACUAUGAACAAAUAUGACCUUAGUGGAAGACCUCUGAAUAUUAAAGAGGAUCCUGAUGGAGAAAAUGCUCGCCGGGCACUGCAGCGAACAGGAACAUCAUUUCAAGGAUCACAUGCCUCUGAUGUGGGAUCUGGGUUGGUGAAUUUGCCACCUUCCAUUCUCAAUAACCCAAACAUUCCUCCUGAGGUUAUCAGCAAUUUGCAGGCUGGUAGACUUGGUUCCACAAUUUUUGUUGCUAAUCUUGACUUCAAAGUUGGUUGGAAGAAGCUAAAGGAAGUGUUCAGCAUAGCUGGAACUGUAAAACGGGCAGAUAUUAAAGAAGACAAGGACGGCAAGAGCAGAGGCAUGGGCACUGUCACUUUUGAGCAAGCCAUUGAAGCAGUUCAAGCAAUUUCCAUGUUCAAUGGGCAGUUUUUAUUUGAUAGACCUAUGCAUGUGAAAAUGGAUGACAAAUCUGUCCCUCAUGAAGACUACCGCUCCCAUGAUAGUAAGACAUCACAAUUGCCACGUGGUCUUGGAGGCAUUGGAAUGGGACUUGGUCCAGGUGGACAACCUAUUAGUGCCAGCCAGUUGAACAUAAGUGGUGUAAUGGGAAAUUUGGGUCCAAGUGGUAUGGGAAUGGAUGGUCCGGGUUUUGGAGGAAUGAAUAGAAUUGGAGGAGGAGUUGGGUUUGGUGGUCUGGAAGCAAUGAAUAGCAUGGCAGGAUUUGGUGGAGUUGGCCGAAUGGGAGAGCUAUACCGUGGUGCAGUGACUAGUAGCAUGGAACGAGAUUUCGGACGUGGUGAUAUUGGAAUAAAUCGAGGCUUUGGCGAUUCCUUUGGUAGACUUGGCAGUGCAAUGAUUGGAGGGUUUGCAGGAAGAAUAGGAGCUUCUAACAUGGGUCCAGUAGGAACUGGAAUAAGUGGCAGCAUGGGUGGCAUGAGCAGUGUGACUGGAGGCAUGGGGAUGGGAUUGGACCGCAUGAGCUCCAGCUUCGACAGGAUGGGGCCGGGGAUUGGAGCCAUACUGGAAAGGAGCAUCGAUGUAGACCGAGGUUUCUUAUCGGGUCCCAUGGGAAGCGGAAUGAGAGACAGAUUAGGCUCCAAAGGCAACCAGAUAUUUGUUAGAAAUCUACCUUUUGACUUGACUUGGCAGAAACUAAAAGAGAAAUUCAGCCAAUGUGGUCAUGUAAUGUUUGCAGAAAUAAAGAUGGAGAAUGGCAAGUCAAAAGGCUGUGGGACAGUUAGGUUUGAAUCCCCAGAGUCAGCUGAAAAGGCCUGCAGAAUAAUGAACGGCAUCAAAAUCAGUGGCAGGGAAAUCGAUGUUCGCUUGGAUCGUAAUGCAUAAUUUCAAGCAUGGUUGGAACAUUCCUUCGUCUGUUUAUUGAAUCUCCUAGUAAAAGUCAUUUUUUUAGUAAUGUUGUAUGCUUACAAAUGCUGUAAAAAUGAACUUUUAAAACUCCCACCAGCUUUUAACAGUAUAAUGUUGAAAAAUAUACUGUGAUUUUCGUUAUCUCAAGUUUGCGUUUCUAAAGUUGGCAAGUCUGGUCAUUGAGUUUCAGUGGAUGGACACACCAUUUUUUAAUGAAAUAAGCAGCCAUUUUGUUGUUUCCAGUAGUAGGGUUUGUUUGUUCUAAUUUCCCCAAUCUUAUUGUAAGUUGACAUCCCUCUCACCGCCCCCCCCCAAAAAAAAAUCUCUGCUUUGUAUCUAAUUGUUAAUGAAAAGAAAGGGCUCAGACAAAUUAGGAUAUGAUUUUGGUUUGGUUUAAAUUACUUUUCUCUGCUUUUAAAGAAUAGUAAUUAAGUAUUACAUUCUAAAGUUGAGGAUGUUUCUUAUUUGACCUAAAUGAAGACCUGUUUUUUUUUUUUCUUUUUUUUUUUUUCCUUUUUUGUCCCUCUACCAUUUCCACCUUUCCCACAUAACACUAUUAAAAGUAUCAAAUUCCACAGCCCCUUAUUCUGUUACUUCCAAUAAUUCCAAGUUCAUAGAGAACUGAUAAGGUAGCAAGUCCUAAGUAUAACACUAGGCAGACCACCCCCAACUUUCUGUCUAGUUUCCAGCCAUUAAAAUGAACUGCUAAGAACAAAAAAAUAAUUGAAGUGUUGAGAGAGAUGGUUAUGUAAGUGAGGCCCUUGCUAUUCACUUGCACAGGAGCAGAUGCAUUGGUAAAUGCAGUCUUAAUAAACCAGGGAAGACCUAGGCAUAGCAUAUCAAACACAUUGGAUCCCACGAUGUUAGAUAUAGCCAUGUCUCCUUUACCUGCAAAAGAACAGCAUGUUGUUAAAAUGUGCACACCGAUAUUAUAUUUUAUUAAUAAUCUUCAUAAGAAAAACACUGGAUACUUUUUGUUGGUUAGUUUUAGAAAACUGUUAUUGUUAGAGCAAGAGUCUUAUUGAAUUUGUAUUUCCUUGAGUUAGUAUUUAAAGUCUUAACAUUUAUUUAAUAAUUACCUUUAUUUAUUAAACCAUUUUUAAUAAGGUAUGCAGCUUACUUGUUGCUUUUCAUUUUCAUUUGACAGUGAAUUACCAUCUAAUGCACAUUUCAGAUAAACAGUCUUUGAGGGAUUGGGUUGAGGGAAUUAACCUUUAUUAAAAACUAAAUGCUUCCUGUGA